GAGGAGUGUUUUGCCUACCCGGAUCCAGAAAAGCCAAGUUGAGCACGUCACAUCAACGAGUUCUUACUCUCGGGGGUUGCUGUUUCUCCAGGUCUUGUUGUGGAAGAAAUCAAUGGUGUGGAGUCUUUUGCCCCGCAGGGUGGAACGGGAAACAAGGUGAUCCACGUUGAUCUUCUGCGGGAGACUUAUCGUACGUGGUAAAUGGUGGGCUCCGACUUCUUUCAGUGGAAAGAAAUGGUGAUGCUUUUAAGGUGAUUCUAUUUAUACAGAGGAGGCUUGAGAGAAGGAAGGAAGGAAGGAAACAAGAUCGACAAGUAGCCAAAGUGAAGGAGAACGUAAGCGAUGGGAACGGGAGGGUGGCGAAGAGCCUUCUGCACGUCGGUGGGUGUAGAUCCGGAUACGACUGUAGCGACGCGGAGGGAAGCAGGAGAGAGGCAGCAGCUUAGCCCCAGCACCAGGAGCUGCGCGAAGCUUAUCUUCUUCUCCGGUGGCGGACGAGGGGGGAGCAACCCUUCGACGCCGAGGCUGGACGAGGGCCUCCGGUGCCGGACCAGGGCCAUGUCCCCGGACAGGCCGAAGCUGCAAUGCGAGACGCCCGUGGGCGUCACGCCCACGUUAUCCAUCGGCACCCCCAACCCCAGAAGCCGGACCCCUGCUCUGUUUCGGCGGAAGGCUUUCUCUGCCCCUUCUUCUCCGAGAUCCCCCUCCAGAUUCGGCCUCUUCAAGCAUCGAUCCAGCGGCAGGUGUCAGUUAUGUUGGCAGAGGCUGAAGAGGAGCCAGGAGACGCCGGUCUUCACAGCAGAGUGCUCCCACGCCUUCCACUUCCCUUGUAUCGCCGCCCACGUCAGGAACCAUAGCAGCCUUGCAUGCCCGGUCUGCUCCGCCACCUGGCGCCAAGCGCAAUUGUUCUCCGCUCUCCACUCCCGCGAAAAGGAUGCAGUCCUCGAACAUGGGCCGGCCGGAGAGUCGGAGAACCGGAACCCCAACGGAAGAACCUUCGGUGGCAGUGACAAAUAUACCAGCAAAGGCCGCGAACGGCAGCUGGGACAGCACAGAUUGGCUGCUGCUGCUGCUGCUGUUAAGGUUUACGACGACGACGAACCGCUUCUGGCUGCGUACAAGACCAACCAGGGCGGCGGUGUGCGGUUCAAUCCUAUUCCGGAAGCAGCAAACGAGGAUGAGGAUGAGUAUGGCGACAGCGAGGGCAACAACUUGGAACAGGAGGACGAGUUUAAUGGGCUCCUCGCGACCCCGCUCUCCCAUUCUCCGAGCAGCGAUGACCAAGGAGUUCCUCGUCGGCUAACACCGAAGUUGAAGGCGGUUGCGCUCCAGGUUAGCGUGAUUCCGCAGGCGGCCCUUCUCUCCGAAGGCAGAAAGCACCGGAACUACGUGGUGGCGGUCAAGGUGAAAGCGCCAUCGAUAGCGUCGGCUCGUCUCCUCGACACUGCGAGCGGGCGCGCCCCGAUCGAUCUGGUGAUGGUGCUGGACGUGGGCCAAGGCAUGAUGGCGGAGAAACUCCAGAUGCUGAAGCGUUCAAUACGGCUGGUGGUCUCGUCCUUGGGCCCAGUGGACAGGCUCUCAGUGGUGGCCUUCUCGGCGGCCGCGGGUGCUAAGAGGCUCAUCCCCUUGCGGCGGAUGUCGAGGCAGGGCCAACGCGCUGCCCGCCAGAUCGUGGACAGGCUCGCGGUGGUUGGCCGUGACGCCCCGGGGAGGGGAGCGAACGUGGGCGAUGCGCUCAGGAAGGCCGCCAAGGUCCUGGAAGACCGCAGGGAACGCAAUCCGGUGGCCACCGUGAUGCUCCUAUCCGACUCCGGCCAGCAGCAGUUGCUGCUGCGCGACCACGGGAAGAAGGAUGACAACCAUCACAAGCCUCUCUACGCACCACGGGACUCCGGUGGCGAUAUUCACCCUCAUCCGCCAUCGACGGUGACAUCCGACGCCUCCACUUGCUUCGCUCAUCUGGAGAUACCCCUCGUCGCUUCUGGAUGUGGAGAUGAAUCAGCGGGGGAGCCGUCGCUGCAGAAACGUAGGCAGGUGCCAAACGAAGACGCCUUCAUCAAGUGCGUGGGCGGCCUCCUGUCAGUGGUCAUGCGGGACGUCCGUCUCCAACUCAUUUUCCCCACCGGCGAUAUCUCUGCUGUUUACCCAUGCAGCGGCCGCAGCUGCGGAGAGGUGGCUCUCCGGGGAGGGAGCUCCGUUCUUCGGCUAGGGGACCUCUACGCGGAGGAGGAGAGGGAACUGUUGGUGGAGCUGAGGGUGCCGGUGUCGUCUUCGGCGGCCGCGGGACCGCAGAAUGGCCACCACCAGUUGGUGGUGAAGUGUAACUACAGGGAUCCAGCCACCCAAGAGCUGACAUUAGACGCAGAGCAGAUCCUUCUCUUGCCGCCCGAGCUCAGCCGCGCUGCCUCGUCCUCCGCCUGCUCCGCCACCCCUAUGCGGCUGCGGAAUCUCUUCGUCUCGACCCGGGCGGUGGCCGAGUCACGCCGCCUGGCCGACCUCUCGGACUCCGCCACGGCCCACCACCUUUUCUCCUCCGCCCGCUCGCUGCUUCUGCAGUCCGCUUCCGACGCCCAGGACCACCGUCUCAUCCAAAACCCGGACGAGGAGCUCGCCGACCUCCAGCGGCGGCGGCGGCGGCUGUCCCGGGCGCAUCACCAACCUCAUCAUCUUCAUCGUCGUCAUCAUCAGCAGCAGGAAGAGUGCCUCUCGCCGUCCGGGAGGAGGAGGAGGCGGCGGCAGCGAGAAGUCGCGGCUGGUGCGGAGGUGCGAGGGGAGUCGAUCACGCCCACAUCGGCUUGGCGCGCCGCCGAGCAGCUGGCGAAGGUGGCCAUCAUUCGGAAAUCUCUGAACCGGGUCAGCGAUCUUCAUGGGUUCGAGAACGCCCGGUUCUGAGAAAACCCGAGCCGAAUCCUACAAACAGACCGGGCGCCUCUCUCUCUCUCUCCCUUUCUGCCACCGGAAACAUUUUUCCUCGAGAAAAAAAAAAAGAGAAUCCCCAAAAGUUACAUAACCCCCAUAAAUAAAAUUUAAUGAAAAUUUAUGGCACUUCAUAUGAUGAAUGUUGCGAAUAC